AUGAGGAGGCACCUCCUCCGCUUCGGAAAGCAAGGACCGCCCGCAGCAACUUGUCGACAGCACUCCUCAUUGAGCGAGCGUCUGCAUCGGAAACUGACUGCGCAUUCAUUGCCCCUCACAUUUGAUUAUAUUCACCCUCAGCAAUCCUUCCUCCUGAAUCGGACAUUGGUCGAUCUCCUUCCCCAGUCAGGCGCGCCGUCGGAGGUUUUCCCUUCCAUUAGAAGCCCAAUCCGCCUGCCUCCUGGCCAUCAUCUUGUCUAUUUCCCUCCCCAGGUCUCUUUGUCCCAGCUAUUGCCGGAUGGCACAGACUUCCUGCAUUCUCCAGGAUAUCCUUUUACCAGGCGAUUAUGGGCUGGCGGUAGUGUCCAGUUCGCAGCUACGGGUGGUUUACUCCUCGAUGGCUGCCGGGCUGUCUGCAUUGAAACAAUUCGAGAUGUACUUGUGAGAGGCCAAACUGGUGAGGAGAAAGUGAUUGUCAGGAUAGAAAGACGAAUCGGUAAAAUUCGAGAGGGAGAAAAUCAUAGCCAGAUUCGUGAUCGAAUCUGGAAAGUGGAGGAGGCUGAUCUAGGCCAUUCUUCCAUAAUUGAGCAUCGGCACCUGAUCUUCAUGCGCGAUAGGACGCCAGAGCAGCUUACCGGUGACAGGGUCAAUUUCCAAGAACCUUCCAGGACCAUAAAAUCCCCUACAGGUUCUCACUUCCGCCAUUCCCUGACACCAACUCGAGCACUGCUUUUUCGUUUCUCGGCGCUCACUUUCAAUGCCCACUCAAUACAUCUCGAUCAGACGUACACCCGGGAUCAAGAGGGCUACAAGGAUUUGCUUGUUCAUGGGCCUUUGACAUUAAUGUUACUCCUCUCAGUCGCCCAGAUUCAUAUGUCUGACCUGGGUUUCGCCAUCAGGGAAAUCAAUUACAGGAAUCUUGCUCCUCUUUUUGUUGGGGAGGAACUAACUAUUUGUGGUAAACCCAAGGCAGGGAGCCAUGGAGUCUGGGACAUGUGGAUUGAGGACAGAGACGGAGGACUAGCCGUGCGGGGCACUGUUCAAGGCAGUCCUUUGUAG